GACUCUGGCCUCUACAGCUGGAGGUGCUCUGAAGUUCGGAGGACUCUGCUGCUCAUUCUGCUAGCAGCUCCACCGGCGUGAGCCAGUAAAGUUUGAUCAGGCUUCUCUAUGGCCUGGGCACCAGUUCCCGGCUGAGCCAUUUUCUUUUUGGCGAGAAGCCCCCACGCAGAGGCCGAUUCGUCGCGGCGGCGGUGGAGAUCGCAGGUCGCUCAGGCUUGCAGAUGGGUCAGGGGCUGUGGAGAGUGGCCAGAAACCAGCAGCUACAACAGGAAGGCUAUAGUGAGCAAGGCUACCUCACCAGAGAGCAGAGCAGAAGAAUGGCUGCAAGCAACAUUUCUAACACCAGUCAUCGUAAACAAGUCCAAGGAGGCAUAGAUAUAUAUCAUCUUUUGAAAGCGAGGAAAUCGAAAGAACAGGAAGGAUUCAUUAAUUUGGAAAUGUUGCCUCCUGAACUAAGCUUUACCAUCUUAUCCUACCUGAACGCAACUGAUCUCUGCUUAGCUUCAUGUGUUUGGCAGGAUCUUGCUAAUGAUGAGCUUCUCUGGCAAGGGUUGUGCAAAUCCACUUGGGGUCACUGUUCCAUAUACAAUAAGAACCCACCUCUAGGAUUUUCUUUUAGAAAACUAUAUAUGCAGCUGGAUGAAGGUAGUCUCACCUUUAAUGCCAACCCAGAUGAGGGAGUAAACUACUUUAUGUCAAAGGGUAUCCUAGAUGAUUCACCAAAGGAAAUAGCAAAGUUUAUCUUCUGUACAAGAACUUUAAAUUGGAAAAAGCUGAGAAUCUAUCUUGAUGAAAGGAGAGAUGUCUUGGACGACCUUGUAACACUGCAUAAUUUUAGAAAUCAGUUCUUGCCAAAUGCACUGAGAGAAUUUUUUCGUCAUAUCCAUGCCCCUGAAGAGCGUGGAGAGUAUCUUGAAACUCUUAUAACAAAGUUCUCACAUAGGUUCUGUGCUUGUAACCCUGAUUUAAUGCGAGAACUUGGCCUUAGUCCUGAUGCUGUCUAUGUACUCUGCUACUCUUUGAUUCUACUUUCCAUUGACCUCACUAGCCCUCAUGUGAAGAAUAAAAUGUCAAAAAGAGAAUUUAUUCGAAAUACCCGCCGUGCUGCUCAAAACAUUAGUGAGGAUUUUGUAGGGCACCUUUAUGACAAUAUCUACCUUAUUGGCCAUGUGGCUGCAUAAAAGCACAAUUGCUAGGACUUCUACUUUUUACUUCAGACUAAAGCUAACCAAUGACUCAUUUAGCCAAUAUGGGGAUCACAUCAGUGCUGGUCAUUCUAGCCACUCUAUACAAUCAAACUUGAUUGUACAACAUUUUUUUUUCUUUUCACUAUUUUCUUUUAUAGUAAUUUUCUUGGGGAACUAAAUAAUUUUGCUGAAUUUUCUUUAAUUUUGCUUAUCAUGUUUUGCACAAAGCAGAGCCAUUGUCUGACACAGCUGUUAAAGAUUGUUGAACUGACAUAUAUUAUUCUGAAAGGUGGUGUUUUUGUGUAUUAGAUUUGCCUGAAAAACGUUAUUCAUUUCCCUUCUUUUUUAAAAUUAAUGUUAUGUGUAUAUAUUUAACUAAAGAGAUUUAUAAUCAUAAUUAUUUUAUUGUAAAGAUUUUGACUAAAGUUUUUCCUUUUCUCUCAAACUGACUUCUGAAAUUUAUUUGAGUUUGAUCUGAGAUUAUUUCUGUCUUUCAUAAAAGCUAGAUUUGACUUCAGAUAAAAACCAAUACUAACUUUCUGUUCCUCUGAACUUUGAAAGCAGAAUAUUGAUUUGUUACCACAUUAUUUGCAAAACUGGCAGUUAUUUUUAUAAUAUAAAUUUAUCAUCUGAUUUUUCCAUUUUUAUUAAGUCCUUUAAACUAUUUAAAAUAAGAAAAAGUGUCAAAAUUUAUGAUUUAACUUUAGAAAAACAGAAUAAAAUGUUAUCAGAA